AGCGAUCACCAGCGCGUUUGGCAGCAGGAUGGCCGUCUUGGUCUUCUUGAUGUGCGUGACGGACAUCACCGGGAUGGCGAUCUGGGACGGACAAACACCAGCACAAACAGCUCGGUGCUCGGUGCCACACUGCGGCGGGCUGACAAUGACUUGAAUGCUGAUUAUUGUGAAGAUCGACAAAGGACACGAGGAAAGGAGGAGAUGAACCGUUUCCUGAGAGCUGGGGAGAAUGGAGGGCUGCUGACGGACUGCAGGGAGCUGUCACCCAACCACACCGCCUCCACCUCUUCCUCCUCCUCCUCCACCGCCUCCUCCAUCUCCAUCACCUCCUCCUCCUCCUCCAGCGCCGCUGGCUCAGCCGACAGACACGCGGCCCUGCCCUCGCUCCAGACCCGGGGACCUGUCGGCGGCGGCGGCGGCAGCGGCGGGUCGGAGCCGAGGAGAUCCGCGCUUAAACGGAGCCGAGCCGUCCGGGAGGAACGCGAGGUACCGGAGGCGGCGGAUCACUCAGCGGCUGCCGUCGCGGUGCGCGGCGGCGGCGAGGUGUGCGUCGGGCUCGGUAAGCAGCAGCAGCAGCAGCAGCAGCAGCGUCGGGAGGCUCAAGGACGCAGCGUCGGUGGAGAAGGUGUGGAGAUGAUUUCAGCGGUCAGCAGGGACGCGGACGGCGGCGGGAGCGGCAACAGCAACAACAACAACAACGGCGUCUCCGAAGUGACCACGGCCUCUCCUGCGACAUGCGCCAAAGGCAAGGAGGAGAGGAAGGGGAAGAACGUGAUCCGGGGCUGGAAGAGGGACAGAGACAGGGACAGGGACAGAGACAGGGACGCUCCUCCUGCCCGGACGAGGAAGGAGAAGCCCGGCGAUGGCUCGUCUCCUCCUCCCUCCGUCUUCCUCCCGUCGUCCGCCCUGCCCGAGCAUCAUCUGUGCCGCGACGGCCCCGGACACUGCCACUGCGCCGCGCCGGACUCCAGGAUCAUGGGAGAUAAUGGCAACAUUAACAACGUAAACAAUAACAGUAAUAGCGGCGGCGGCGCUGCCGGUAAAACGGCGCUGGAUUGUGGAGUUAAAAGCGGCGGCGGCGGCGCUAUUGUUGUCAGGCGGCAGCAUGACGACACGCCGGCGGCCAAGAAACACAGAGGAGCCGAGAAGGUGGAACCAAUGUUCACGGUGCCAGCUCCCCCUGCUCCGGGCCACCCCGGGGCCCCCGGCUGCUCCCUGCCCUCGGCCCCUUCCUUCUCGUCUCCGGCCCUGCCCACCUCCAACCCCAAGCAGCUGGUGGUGAGGACGAGGUCUAUCGGCACCAACACCCAGGAUGGAAGCGUCUCAGGGGCUCUGGAGGGCGACUCUGCCUGCCUGGGACCCUGCCAGCCUGGGACCAGCGUCAACCUGGAGGGCAUCGUGUGGCACGAGACCGAGGAGGGUGUGCUGGUGGUGAACGUGACGUGGAGGAAGAGAACCUACGUGGGAACGCUGUUAGACUGCACCAAACACGACUGGGCUCCUCCGAGGUUUUGUGAGUCGCCCUCCAGUGACCCUGAGUUGCCCGGUGGGCGUGGUCGAGGCAAACGGAUGCGAAUGGCCAUGGCGGAGCGGCCCUGCGUCGAGCCGGCCCCUGCCACCAAAGUCAGGGGUCUCUCACAGCACAGGAGCCGUGGAGGCGGCGUGGCCGGAGCCGCUGCUACCAUCCACAGCAGCAAGGGACGGAGAGGAAGCCUGAACCUCAUCAACAGCAACUGCCGAACGCCUCCGUCUUUCUUCACUGUGGAGGAGGUGAAACCUGCCAACAGCACCUCCUCUCUCUCCUCCGGGAAGCGAAAGAACAAACCACCAGCCGACCUGGACCUCAGCUUGGUCUCCUCUGACGACAUCAAAAACGGGAAUGGGAAGAGGAUCCGAGCCAAAUCCCGCAGCGCCCCAUCCACGCCGCAGGGCAAAUCUGACCCCUCGUUCAUGGACCCCGGAGGAGGUUGUGCCUCCUCGCCGCCUCCCCCACCCAUCCUCAUUGACUGCCCCCACCCCAACUGCACUAAACGCUACAAGCACAUCAACGGCCUGCGGUACCACCAGACGCAUGCACACCUGGAGGCCGAGGAGCAGAGGAAGCCGGAGCUGGAGCCCAUGAAGGACGGAGAGAGUGAAGACAGACUAUCAGACUGUGAUGACACCAUCAGUAACUUGACAUAUGACCUCUCAGAGACAAACAGCACGAAUUCCAACAGCUCCUCCAAGAAACCCGCCCCUCUGUAUAAGGUGACCACGGUGGGGUCUCCUAAGAACCGGCGGCUACUCCUCAGCACCGACCACAGCCCCUCAGCCAACCCCAAGACCAGAAGAACCUCACUGCUGAAAGACGGGCUGAUCGAUGACCUCAGCAAUCUUCCUAUCAUCUCCAACAUGACCGUGGUUCUGGAGAACUGCAUGGUCCCAGACAGGAACUCCACCGUCGAGAUGCCCAAGCUGGAAGCCGAAGGCUUGAUCGACAAAAAGGGAGGUCCCUGUGACAAGGGCAAGAAGGCCAACGGGAAGGUGGAGAAGCUGUCCAAGUCACGGACCAACCGGCCGAUCGCUCCGGCCCCUGCUCCCCCGAAGCUGAUCGCCAUACCCAACACGCCGUAUCCGAGCGGCGCAGCAGAUACAGCCGCCUCCCAGCAGCCCUCGCCCAUAGCAGCUGUAGGCCUCACUAGUAAAAAUCUUCCCCUGAAACCCAUCAAACCAAAGCUGAGCAUUGUUGUGGAGCCGAACCUCGUCAAAGCCACGCUGGUCACCUGCAGCAAAGAGACCAGGAAGAAAGAGAAACGGAGGCUGAAGGACAAGCAUAACAAAGAUGCACAAGCCAGGACGCCAAAUGGCGACAGCGGGGGAAUCAAAAUGGAAGAUGGUGGCGGAUCCAAAAUGGGCAUCAAGGAGAUUUCUGGAAGCCUCCUGAAGGAGCACCUCAGUAAGCAGGAUGUGAUGAAUGGGCUCACGGAGAGCCAGGAGAGCAGGAUGGCCAGCAUCCGAGCUGAGGCGGACAAGGUCUACACCUUCACUGACAACGCUCCAAGUCCGUCCAUUGGCGGCUCGUCACGGCUGGACUCCAGCGGUAGUUGCCUGGCAGUGGACAGCAAGAACAACAGCCCCGCCUACUCCGACAUCUCAGACGCUGGAGACGACGGAGGGUCUUCCGAAUGUCGCUCAGAUGGAAUCCGAUCCAAGUCUGCCUCCUCGGCUUCUUCAGAGGUGAGCUCUAACAGCAGCCACGGCAACUCUGGUAAAACGCCGCCCACAGCAUCUGCCCCACCAUCGAAAGACCCCCAGUCCCCGUACUACCACAGCUACGAGCCCUACUACCUGCAAGGGUACAUGCAGUCGGACAGGCAGAACAGCAGCAGCGUCACUUUCCACAAAAGCUCGGCCAUCGACGGCAAGGGGAAGGACCGAAAGGACGACGUGAAAGAGGACGACAAAGGCUCCUCCCACGAGUUCUCGGAGUCAAAAAAAGGCGACGGGCCGCCUCAGUCUCAGCUCCAGCUCGCUAUGAGUCAGACCCAGACUGCCUUGGCCCAGUCGCUCUACUACGGCCAGUACUCCAGAGGACUCUACAUGGACCAGAAACUGUUACUGGCUUCCAAAUGCUGUGACCAGACGCACAGCGGCAAGCAUCGGGGCGAGAGGGGACAGGGGGUGCGAGACAGCGAGGACGAUAAACACAUGGUCGGGGGUUCAGCCGGUGGACCGAUUCUAGGUAAAGGUCCGGACGGCGCCAAAGGUUGCUGUCCCAAACCUGUCCUGUCCUACGUGGAGUUGAGUGAGAGGGGAGAGAGGGGACAGGGUCUGGGGGUGAAGGCGGUGCACGGUGGCAUGGUGGACCAGCACCAGGUGACGAUGAAAGACUGCGACGACAUCAAGUCGCCAUCCUCUUCCUCUUCUUCAUCACUCCACAACCCAAACAGUCAGACAGAUCUGGACUCAAAUGUUUCCUAUUCCAGUCCUUCAGACGGCCCCGCCUGGGCCCACUGCCUCGCUCACAGCAAAUACUCAGAGCUACAGCACGGCGAGGAGGCCGAGGAGGGCGAAGCAGACAGGGGCAAAGAGUGGGGAGCUACCGUGGAGCCCGCCGGCGCCAAGAUGACCUCAGGAGGAGGCGUGGGAGACGCUAAAAAAGCCCGGGUCCACGAUCUCCCACCCGCCAUCGACCUGGAGGACUCGGACAGGCUGGACGGGCUGGAUGAUCAGGGCCAGGAGGCGAUGGGAGGCCUGACCGAGGAGUCCCAGAGCGCCCGGGCGGCGGUGUCUCCUCCCAUGACCCCCCAGCAGCCCUACAUCCAGUACCAGCACUCCUCCUACCCGCCCUACCUGGCCAUGUGUGAGAGCGGCGGGGGCUCCUACAGAGGCGUGUCCCCGACCCUGGUCCACAACUACCCAGGUUUCCACUACCCUCUGUACGGGAAGACGGCGGGCCGGGAGGAGUCUGAGGUGACUCCUCCUGGUCGAGGAGGAGCGGUGAGUGGGAAGCAGAGCGGAGACUCGUCCUCGUCCUCGGCCCUGGAGCUGCUGCAGCAGCAGAGCCACCAGUACCACGGCAAAUCUCCUGCUCCCGGGGAGAAGGGUUCCCCUGAGGGAGAGCGAGAGACGGAGAGAGAGAGGAACCACGUGUCCUUUGCCCGACACCUCCACACACACCAUCACACACACCUGGGCAUGAGCUACAACCUGAUGUCAGGACAGUACGACAUCUACCAAGGUCUGAGCUCCAGGUCUCUGGUCUCCAGUCAGCAGGUGUCGGGACAUUCCUCCACUGAGAGCGACGGGAAGAAGUGACCAUGUGACCACGUCUCACAUGAGGAGCGGCAGAAUUUAUCAGACAUCGUUUCCAUGGUGUUUAAUAAGCUUCGCCUCGCUGAGAGGCAGAGAACUCAAGAUUAAAAAAAAAAACAACCUCUUUCAUUUCUUACUAAUGAAACCACCUGUUUUAUAACACGUCACCAGGAGGAGAAUCCGACUUCUGAAGCUUCGGUUUUUAGGAUUUGGACCGAAGCGGGCGGACUUUAUAAAAACGCACAUUUAUCGUGGUGUAUUAUGACUGAAUGUACUGAAGAUGACUCUACUGGAUUUUUAAAACCUCCUGCAGCAUUAGGAAGCUAAAAGUCUAUUAUUAUCUUAUUAUUCUGGUUAUUGAAGUGGUCCUCCUCCCUCCAUAGUGCUGACGCUACAUUUGUAUUACUAACCUGUACUUGAGCGUAACCAUGUUGAUUGUAUUGUCUUUAUGUGAGAGUAAACCUUCACAUCGACCCGCCCGGUGCCACGGAGGAGCCCAGUGGUGUAAAUAUCGUGUACAGACUCAUGGCGGAGCACUAACAUGCUUUAUCCUACUCUGUUUGAUCUCCAUCAGCCGACAGGGGGCAGCGGGCGGAGCGGGAACCAGCACACGCUUCAUGUUGCACGUUUCCUGUCCAGUUAGAGCGAAAUGGUACGUUUAUAAUUUAGUUUCAGCCCCAGUUUGUGCCUCUUGGAGUCACUUUAUUGAUAUUGAUUCUUAUGACCAGGGUUUAGGCACAAAAACUACUUAGGGUUAGGGUUGGGAAAGAUCAAAGAUUGGGUGAAAAUUAACUGCAUUUUUGGUCCAGAGGAGCUUCUUUAUAAACUGUAAAAAUCUCCUUUUUUUAUUGUGUCCAAGCUUCAAGAACUAGUAGUGAUUAUAGUUCCUGUAACGCUGUUUUAAGGGAAUCUUUAAGCUCCUAUUUCAGAGAAACCGUGAGUGAAGUUAGUGUACGGUGAUUGAUUGAACACAGCCAGUGCAUCAGUGGUACGUUUUUAAAAAUAAUUCUAAGUAUAUUUGAGGACAGCUGGAGAUAGAUAGGGCCAGCAGUCAGAAUUACACCAGAAUCCUGAGGCCCCAGCCCCAGUUUGUGCCUCUUGGUGUCACUUUAAUAUUGAUUCUUAUGACCAGGGUUUAGGCACAAAAACUACUUUGUUAGGGUUGGUAAAGAUCAAAGAUUGGGUGAAAAUUAACUGCAUUUUUGGUCCAGAGGAGCUUCUUUAUAAACUGUAAAAAUCUCCUUUUUUUAUUGUGUCCAAGCUUCAAGAACUAGUAGUGAUUAUAGUUCCUGUAACGCCGUUUUGAGGGAAUCUUUAGGUUCCUAUUUCAGAGAAACCGCGAGGGGCGUUAGUGUACGAACGCAGCCAUUGCAGCAGUGGUAAGAGUCAAAUUUUAAAAAUAAU